UCUUGUCGCCUCCUCCCACCCCACCCCCUCAACCCUGUGUGAGAUGUUGGGUUUCUUCUUCAUGAGACAUUGUUGAGAAGUCGCAGUGGCUGGAGAGCGUAGGGGGUAGACUACCUCUACUCCCCCCCCCCUUUUUUCUCUCUGGGAGGAGGAGGAGGGGAAGGGGGCUUGCCGAGCAAGCGAUGGAUGAGGAAAACAUGACGAAAAGCGAGGAGCAGCAACCUCUGAGUUUGCAAAAAGCCUUACAGCAGUGCGAGUUGGUCCAAAACAUGAUAGACCUGAGCAUCUCCAACCUGGAAGGGCUUAGGACCAAAUGUGCCACCUCCAACGACCUCACACAAAAAGAGAUCCGGACCCUGGAGAGCAAGCUGGUGAAGUACUUCAGCCGUCAGCUGUCCUGCAAAAAGAAGGUGGCCCUUCAGGAGCGCAACGCCGAGUUGGACGGCUUCCCCCAGCUCCGGCACUGGUUCCGGAUCGUCGAUGUGCGCAAGGAAGUCUUGGAGGAAAUCACCCCUGGCCAGCUGAGUCUGGAGGACCUCUUGGAGAUGACAGAUGAGCAGGUGUGUGAGACGGUGGAGAAAUACGGAGCCAACCGGGAGGAGUGCGCCCGUCUCAAUGCCUCCCUGUCCUGCCUCCGGAAUGUCCACAUGUCAGGUGAGCAGGCCCGGGGGAUGGAGACUCGUCCCCAGCACAUCGGCCUCGGUUCCUCCCGAUUUCCGUGCCUGUGCUGCAGGCCAGGAUGA